GCCAAAGCUGUGGCAACAGAGGCCAACCACUCCACCUUCUUCUCCGUGUCCUCCCCAGAUCUGAUGUUCAAGUGGCUCGGGGAGAGUGAGAAGCUGGUCAAGAACCUGUUUGAGCUGGCCAGGCAGCACAAGCCCUCCAUCAUCUUCAUCGAUGAUGUGGAUUCCCUCUGUGGAUCCCGAAAUGAAAAUGAGAGCGAGGCUGCCCAGAGAAUCAAAACGGAGUUCUUGGUCCAGAUGCAGGGGGUGGGAAAUAACAAUGAUGGAACUCUGGUUCUCGGAGCCACAAACAUCCCAUGGGUGUUGGAUUCAGCCAUCAGGAGGAGGUUUGAGAAGCGCAUUUACAUCCCCUUGCCAGAGGAAGCUGCCCGAGCACAGAUGUUCUGGUUGCAUCUGGGGAGCACCCCCCACAACCUCACGGAUGCAAACAUCCAUGAGUUGGUCCAGAAGACCGAAGGCUACUCGGGGGAGGACAUCCGCAUCAUCGUGUGGGACUCCCUCAUGCAGCCCAUGAGGAAGGUGCAGUCAGCCACACACUUCGAAAAGGUCUGUGGCCACUCCCACACAAAUCCCAGCAUGAUGAUUGAUGACCUCCUGACCCCAUGCUCACCAGGGGACCCAGGGGACAUGGAGAUGACUUGGAUGGAUGUCCCUGGGGACAAACUCUUAGAGCCUGUAGUUUUCAUGUCAGACAUGCCGUGGUCUCUGGCUACCACCUGGCCCACGGUGAAUGCAGACGACCUCCUGAAAGUGAAGAAAUUCUCAGAGGACUUUGGCGAGGAGAGUUAAAAGCUGCCUCACUUGGGCAAUGGUGAAGGUGGGAGGUUGAUUAGGGCAAAUCCAGGCACUCCCCAUGUCAGCAGCCAGACAGGGCUCCAGGGCUUGUCCCAAAGUCACUAGAGUUCCCUCUACUCUCUGGCCACCCACCAGGGAGCUGGAAAGAAGGGCUUUGCAGCUGCAGAGACACUCUGCCACCCUGGGGCACAUGGUGGACACUGGCUCUUCCUACUUCCUCCUCUCCUGGAUGCUCACCAGCUCCUUCUACCCCUUUUUUUUUCUUCCAUCUUUUGUUCCCCUAAAUUAAUACUGCUUGGAUUUUUGUCUUGUUUAUAAAUAAAGAUAAAUUCAUC